AUGUCAGGCCCACCGGGGCCAGGGCCUGCGCGCGCCAUGAGCGUAGGCACAAACGGCCCUCCCAGCGCCGGCCUCCCACCACACAGCAUGACGCCGCAACAGAGCACCGGCCCUCCGCCGCCGCCGACCACCUCGGGGCCCCAGUCGCAGCAGAACCUGAACCAGAUAGUGCUCGAGUAUCUCUCCAAGAAGGGCUAUGUGCGUACCGAAGCAAUGCUCCGCAAGGAGUCCGAACCCCAGCCGAACGGCCAGCCUCUCGUCAGCGGCAGCACGGAGACAGGCGGUGCCAAGUACACAAAAUCGUUCGAGCUGUUGCGCAAAUACACAGAAGACAACCUGGAUCUGUACAGGCCAGAACUGCGGAAGCUGCUGUGGCCCGUCUUCGUCUACUCCUUCAUGGACCUGGUGCGCGACUACUUCACCAAGGAUGCCGAAACCUUCUUUGCAACCUAUCAGAAUCAGUUCGAGCGCGACCAUGGCGAUGAGAUCAAGACGCUCCGGCAGGUGCGCUUGCCCUCUCAUCUCACAGAGAGCAACAUUGCGAAGCUAUACACCGAGAACAAGUACCGGUUGACCUUGACCACGAUGCCCUUCUACAACCUGAUCCAGUUCUUGGAGUCGAAGAUGUUUGAGGGCGGCCAGGCGCUCAUGGACAUCGUUCGGGACCACCUGAACAUCGUCACCGUCGAUCGAACAGCGACUGCAGAGAAGAGCAUAGCAGCGAUCCUGGCAGGAGGACAGGGAGAGGAUGAGCUGCCAGCAGAAGACGAAGGUAUUCCGGGACACAACCCCGGUCAUCCGCUCACGAGCCGCCACGAUCCGGAAGCUGAUGCUGCACGAAUCCGCCUGCAGCUUGGCCCAUACCCCCAGGAUCAAGACCUGCAAGACGAUGUCCGAGCGACCCUGCAGGACGAAGACGCCAAGAACGCGCCCAAGCCCGGGCAGUCAUCUUUAGUGGACGAGUACGAGCAGCGCAUCAAGCGAGAGCCAACGGAAGAUGGGCCUUCACGUGACACAGUACCAUUGCCGCCGUCGUUGGCGCGCGAUGUCUCCAUGGAGGUGGCCAAGAUCAUGGAGUACCGUGAUCGCUACAAGAUGGAAGGUCGCACCGGUGGCGUUGGUCCGGCUGUCAGCGUUACCAUGUAUACCUUUCACAACACAUAUGACAGCAUCAACUGCAUCGAGUUCUCCGGCGACAACCAGCUCGUAGCAGCUGGCAUGGCCGAAUCCUACAUCCGCGUUUGGUCCAUGGACGGCAGUCCUCUCACAUCCUCGUUACCUGAGAGCAACACACAACCUUCUUCAUCGCGACGCCUCGUUGGCCAUGCCGGCCCAGUCUACGCUGUCUCCUUCUCGCCUUCUACCUCAAACCACGUCGAGGGCGGCCCACCUACCAACACUCAAUUCCUCCUCUCCUGCUCCGAAGACAAGACCGUCCGACUGUGGUCUCUUGACACAUGGACCUGUCUGGUCGCUUACCGCGGCCACGACAACCCUAUCUGGGAUCUCCAGUGGGGACCAUAUGGGCACUACUUCCUCACUGGCUCCAAUGACCGCACCGCGCGACUAUGGUCCACUGAUCACAUCGAGCCGUUACGCAUCUACGUAGGGCACGACAACGAUGUCGAUUGUGUUGCAUUCCACCCCAACAAUCUCUACGUCUUCACCGGAUCUUGUGAUCGCACCGUGCGUAUGUGGCACAUCUCCGGUGGCAACUGCCUACGUCUCUUCACCGGUCAUACUGGCAACGUGACAGCUAUUGCUUGCUCGCCAGAUGGCAAGACCCUCGCAUCCGCAGACGAUGUGGGUAACAUCGUGCUGUGGAACCUGGAGACAGGACGUAGACGUAAGCGCAUGCGCGGGCACGGCAAGGGUGGCAUUUGGUCACUUUCGUGGAGUGUAGAGUCUAGUGUACUCGUUUCCGCCGGUGCAGACAAGACUGUGCGUGUCUGGGAUGUCCUACAGGAGACUGUUGAGAGUGGUGGCAAGGGCACAGAUGGCGCAGCCAAGACAGACGGUGCGCUUACAACAAAGGGCGCGAGUGGCACUACGGUCACAACGAAGAAGGCAGCGAAGGAGACGGGCAUAUCGGCAGAUCAGAUCAGCGCAUUCCCCACAAAGGACUCGCCCGUCUACAAGGUCCAAUUCACGAGGAUGAACUUGGUGCUAGCAGGAAGUGCAUACCUGCCACAGCGAGUUUAG